GCUCGCAGUCAUUUCCUCGGUUUGGACUGGAACGAGCACACACGGUACCCUGACACGGUUCGCAGUGGCACACGGUGGCGGAGGAGCUGCGGCUGGAUGUCAGAGGACCUCGGGGAAAUACUGCAAUAAUCCCUAAAUGUGAUGAAAAUAUAAGACAACAGUCUUCAGGAUAAUCUGACGCUCAGAGGGAGAAAAACACCCUUCAAUCUACUAUUUUUGGAAUUUGGAAUUAAUAUCUAAUUUCUGUCCAUAAGGUGUGUAAGUUAAAGAUGUUGCCACAUUGCUCCCUCCUGCUGUUUCUAUGCGUGGUCCGGCUCCUCUCCCCAUCCUCGGCCCUGCCCUUUGAGCAGAAAGGCUUCUGGGAUUUCGCCAUGGACAGCAUGGACAGCGGCGGGAUGAUGACGAUGAUGAGGGACGAGGAAGAAGGCUCAGCCGUGGAGGAGAUCCCCUCCCCUGACACACACAUGUGCCCCUUCGGCUGCCACUGUCAGCGCAGCGUCGUCCAGUGUUCUGACCUCGGUCUGACCGAGGUGCCAAAGAAUAUUCCUCGGGACACCAAGUUCCUGGACCUGCAGAACAACCGUAUCACUGAGCUCAAAGAGGAUGACUUCAAAGGCCUCACUAACUUAUAUGGUUUGUCUCUGAGGAAUAACCUUAUUUCCAAAGUCCACCCCAGAGCAUUCGUGCCUUUGAAGCACAUGCAGAAGCUCUACUUCUCCAAGAAUUUGCUGACCACUAUCCCCAAGAACUUGCCUGCCUCUCUGGUUGAGAUGAGGAUCCACGAGAACCGCAUCAAGAAAGUGGCAGCUGGAGCCUUCUCAGGGCUGGGCACCAUGAACUGCAUAGAAAUGGGAGCAAACCCCAUCCAUAACAGCGGUUUUGAGCCUGGAGCCUUCAAGGGAUUGAAACUAAAUUAUCUGCGUAUAUCAGAGGCCAAACUUACUGGGGUGCCAAAAGAUCUCCCAGACAGUCUCCAUGAGCUUCACCUGGACCACAACGAGAUCCAGGCUGUGGAACUGGAGGACCUGAGCCGCUACAAAAACCUGUACAGGUUGGGCCUUGGCUAUAACCAUAUCCGUAACAUAGAGAACGGCAGUCUGUCUUACCUCCCCAGAUUGAGAGAGCUACAUCUGGACAACAACCGCCUCACUCGUGUUCCCAAAGGCCUCCCAGAUAUGAAAUACCUACAGGUGGUGUACCUCCAUUCCAACAACAUCAACCAGGUGGGUGUGGAUGCCUUCUGCCCUCGAGGGUUUGGGAUGAAGAGGACAUUCUAUAACGGCAUUAGCCUGUUUGCUAACCCUGUCAACUACUGGGAGGUGCAGCCUGCCACGUUCCGCUGUGUCAGCGACCGGCUGGCCAUUCAGUUUGGCAACUACAAAAAGUAAAGAAAGGGGAUACUGAGAGGUGGAGAGAGUGAGGGGAAGAGGAUGGAGGAGGAGCAGCAGAUAAUUUAAAUAAUAAAAAACUUGAGAGAUAGAGGGAAAGGAUUGCAUAUUUGAGGUUAUUAUUAUAAUUAUUAUUAUUAUCAUUAUUGGAGAGAGGAUGGAGAUGAUGGGCAAUACAUUGAUUAAAUAGAAAGAGAAGUGAGAAAUACAAUCACAUAACUUGAAGGGAGUGGAAAGCAAAGCGCUUGCAGUACUUCACCUGAGUUUUCACAUUUUUCAAUUGAAGGUUUUGAAGGUUUUACCAUCUGAAAUGGAUGAGACUGUCUGAGAAGAGUGUUUUUCCCCAAGCCUAAACCGAUGAAAAAAUGAGUACUGAAAACCUGUGAAGCAUUUCAUUCCAUUUUUUUUACACAAUAGUGCUUAUUGUGAUAGAAGUCAUUUUUUGUUUUAUUAACACUUCAAGAUCAUGAUUAAAUAGAAAAGCAAUGCAUUAUAGAUUUUUUUUUAUAUAUAUACAUAGAAAAGGUGCUCUGUAUGACUUUCUGUGUGUGCUGAUCUGGGAGAUGCAUCACAUUUCACUGGUCCGAAGCCAUUUAGCCCUGAACUCUGUGAUUAAAUUAUACUGUAUUAAUAAACAACUAGUCACAGAUUUGGGGCUAUUUCCCACCAUUAACAGACACAAAAACAAUUGCUCAAAAAGUUUAAACUAUUAUUCAAGUUAACCAGUUCAAACUUUUCUGUAUAUAUCAUGGCAGUUGAUUGAUAAAACGGCAACAGGUAUUCAUCAUCAUCAUCAUCUUUUCUAAUUGAUCUGAGGGACCUGAACCACCAGCCUGCCUGUGUAAGGAGUCUAUUCUGUGCCUUGACUAAUAUUAUGCUGUCUGUAUGAUACUUUAAAACAGUAUUCCUUGAGGGGACACUGAGUCAUUUAGAGAAAACACACAUCCGCUUUGCUUUGAGACAAUGAGGGCAGUGUUUUUAUGUAGUGCUACAAACAAUACUAGUGUUGAUGCAUUGUUUUGCACAGUUUUUCUGUUAUGCUUUAUCUGCUUCAGGGUUAUUGGAGGCUUAGGCUGUUUAUGUUGGUAGACCUAUGUGGAACUACUCUAGCAAUAAGUAUUCUGUCCUGUCCCUGUUCUGUAAUCUGACAAGCCACUGCUGCAUGUGAAUAAAGACAUUUUUAGCCUGCUGCAUAAAGCCAGAGAACAACUGAUGCCCCUGGGUUGGAUGCUGUGUGAGAAAUAAAGAAGAAAUAUCACUUUGUGUAGAGGAA